ACUUCCCUUCCUUCCGAUUCUCUCUCUCUCUUUAUCUCUGUGCGACUGUCUUCUGGAAAGUGGAUUUGACGAGGCGACCAACCGUCCAGCGAAGAAGAGCUCAGCUCAGUUACUUCUUAUCGCAUUCUGUUGCUUGCAGAUAACCCUAUAAGAAUCCGCCUUCCAUGGAAAAGCAACUUCUGUGAAAAUAUCUGCCCCAAUAUGGAUUGGAUUGGGAAAUGGGACUGGGAAAACCUAGUCAUGUUUAAUCCAAACACCAUUGAUUGUCCUAGAAAAGGCCCAACGAACUGGGGAGUUGAGGACGAUGGUGAAAUUGAUGCAACAUCAUUUAAUCAAUCUGGUGGAGUUGGUUCAGGCUCAGAUUUUGGACAUGGCUCUUCAGAAAGAAGUUCAAUAUCAGUUUCAACUGAUUUUUCAACGAAGAAUGGAAUCAACGUAUCGAAGACAAUUCCUUCGGGUGAACCAAUCAUUGGUCUUAAACUUGGCAAGCGUACCUAUUUUGAAAACAAUUCCACAUGCAGCAAUGUGAAAAAUGCAUGCAUUUCCACUAUUAAUCCCGUUUCAUCUGUCUUGAACACGAAGAAAGUCAAAUCCUCUAGUCAGAGCAUCCCUUCCCCACGUUGUCAAGUUGAAGGUUGCAAUCUUGAUCUCUCAUCGGCUAAAGUCUAUCAUCGCAAGCAUAGGGUUUGUGAUGCUCAUUCAAAAUCCCCCAAGGUGGUUGUUGGUGGCCUAGAAUGUCGAUUUUGCCAACAAUGCAGUAGGUUCCAUGGCAUGUCCGAAUUUGAUGAAAAGAAGAGAAGUUGCCGCAGAAGGCUCUCUGAUCAUAAUGCGAGGCGUCGCAAACCACAUCAAGAAGCAAUCCAGUUCAGUUCAACCAGGGUAUCUGCUCCAUUUUUAGAUGGAGGACAUCAAAUUAGUUUUAUACUGGACAAUAGUCCUCCUCUUGUUCAAGAAAGAUCAUAUGAAAAUAUUUUAUGGGAAAACAGCUCCAAGUUUAUGUUAACAAAAGAAUUUCCAUGGAAAUCUGAAAGCAUGGAAGAAGAAGAUGGCUUCAUACAGCAGCAGCCAAUUUGGCAAGGGGGCACCCAGCUUCUAAGUAAUGAUCAGACUGUAAGAAGGCACUUACAAUCAUCCAAGGGCACCAGUUCAAUUAUGAGCUACCAAGGUCUGAAGAAAUCAACAUCCUCUACUACUGCUACCGACUUGGCUUCAUCAACAACAACAGACCUUCAUUGUGCUCUCUCUCUUCUGUCAACUAACUCUACUUGUCCGUACAAACCACCAACAUUUUCAUUGGACCGACAUCCUCCUUUACAUAGCAAUGUAGUGUUAGGGACAAACCAGUCUUUUCCUCCUAUGAAUGAGUAUUUGCAGCCUGCACCAGCUGAGGAUGUUCUUGAUCAACAGACAAACCAAUUCCUUAAACAAUCAGCACCAUAUUACACUCAUGACAUCUAUUCCAAUUUGUUUAACAAAUGAAAUUGGAUUCUUCAACUAUUUAUUUUGAUAAUUAAUCUCCUUCAAGUUUCAUUUUUAGUAGGAGAUACUAAGAAUUUGUCCUAAGUUUUACUUAUUGCUCUCAAAAUAAAUUGACAGGUUUCUUGCAUUUGGG